CGCCUCAGUGUCUUCGGCAGAGCUGAUGAGAAGCCCUCUGGGGACGCUUCGUAGAUCCCCCGACAGGUUCUUUGGGAGUUCUCUAUCACGCUCGAAGACUGGAUAGCCCAAGAACUGCUAGGCCUUCCGAGGGAGAUUCUUACUAGCCUCGAGGUCCACCUGUUUCACGUCCAGCGGGUGUUGCAGGCGACUGAAAGAGAUUUGCAAGAAUCUGUGCACUUGUCGAGGAAACCGUCGGAUUGGAAGUUGCAACAAGAGACCCAGCCGACAAGCGAAUAUGAUUCUUCGACUUAUUGUUGCGCUGGCGGUCGCGGGCGUCGCAUCCCUGGCCGCUCCCCCGCCCACGCCCAGAGACAUUGCUCAGGAUGUGUCGUUCUUCCUCUGGACCAGGAGCAACCCAGAGGACUGGAACUACUACCCCCUCGUGAAGGGCGACUCAGCCAACGUGGCCUCGUCUCCCCUCGACGUCUCUCUGCCGACCUACGUCCUCGUCCACGGCUUCUCUGCGAAUGGGGACAGCGGGUGGCCGACGCAGGGGAAGACGGCAAUACUGGAACUGGCUCCGUACAACGUCAUCGCAGUGGACUGGAGUACGUUGGCAGAAGCCCCCUGGUACAACGUUGCGAUUGCGAGCGUCGAUGAGGUCGGCAGCUUCACGGCGUCCCUGCUCGACUGGCUCCACGCGGACGCCAACCUGGACAUCUCGCGCGUCCACGUUGUCGGCCACUCCCUCGGCGCCCACGUCGCGGGGGAGCAUAGGGCGCCACCUCGCGUCUGCCAAGCUUCCGAGGAUCACGGCCUAGACCCCGCCGGCCCGGAAUUCUACAACCAGCCGGAGGAGAACCGCCUGGACCCCUCCGACGCCAUCUUUGUUGACGUCAUCCACACCAACGCCGGACCAGUGCUCGAGAGUUGCGUAGAGUUGCGUAGGCCUAGAGCUCCGAGCGGCCACGUGGACUUCUACCCCAACGGCGGCGACCACCAGCCGGGGUGCGUCGUGCUCGGAGAGGACUGGACGGACCUCCUUGCAGGAGGAUGCAGUCACGGCCGCUCCCACGAGUACUGGGUGGAGAGCAUCCUCGCCCUCCAGCCCACGGAAGCCUUCAACGCACGCCCAUGCGAGAGCUGGGAGGCGUACGAGCAAGGGGCGUGUCCUGAGUGUGGGGAGAACUGCGUCGACAUGGGCUUCCAUCUGGUGCCAGAAAGGGCUCAAGGGCUGUACUUCUUGACGACCAACAAACACUCACCCUUCGCUCAAGGAAGCCAGUGAACAGCGACUGCAGAUGAACAUUGUUAUGACUAA